AUGAACGCAGAGCCGCCACAAUGUCCGGCGUAUCUUGCAACAGGAGCAGAGCUCAGCAUCGAGCUCGAAGAUUCCGCUGGCACCCUGCGUAUGGCGGUCGUUCAUCCCGUGCUACCUUUCACGAGCUCGCAAGUUGUCGUCGCCCGGUUGUCUUCCAAAGACACUGCCACCGCGUGUCGUCUCGCGCCUGGCUUGAGCGUUGUCCUGAAGAUAUUCGAUCCUCGCUUUUUAAAACGUCGAGGUCCCGAUGACGACGAUCAACCCUGGUCCGAGGCAGAGCUGGAGGAGUUUCAGCGCCACAAAGGAGAGCUAACACGCUGGUGCCAGACUCUGCAUCCCGACGCCCUGGGCAUGGACAACUGGGAAGAGUUUUACUUCCUGCGCAUGUACUCCGAUCAUGCCGCGGAGGUCGAGGCGUACCGAAUGCUACACCCGCUGCAGGGGUGCGGCGUGCCCGUGUUCUACGGCAGCGGCACGCUCGACCUCUCGCGUACGGCGCCCCCAUGCGCCUUCAACCCGCGCCUCAUCCUGCUCGAGCACAUCGCCGACGCGGUCAGCCUUCGAGACAUCGACCCGCUCCUGCUGAGCGCGCCGCUCGUCGAGUCGCUGCUCGACACAAUGCAGCGCCUCGGCGCGCUCGGCGUCGCGCACGGCGACCUCAACUUCACGAACUACCUCUUUACGCCUGCGCGCCGCCCGACGCGCGCGGUGAUCAUCGACUUUGCGGACUCGGUGUCACGCAGGCCCGACUCCACGGACGAAGAGUGGACGCGGCUCGUGGAAGAGUACGGCGUGAUGCGCGAGACGAGGAUCAAGAUCGCGAUGCGGUUCACGAUCGCUGGUUUGCGUGUCCCGGCAGCGUGUUCGCCUGAAGACCUGCCGGGUUUUGGCGACAUGAAUCGAGCUAGCUUAAGCUCGUUAUGA